AUGACUGACACUCCCCAGUUACGAUCAGCCUUCCCUCGAACGCCGAGGACAUCAAAGAAACUGCAGAAAGCUGAGAGUAUCUACAAUGGUACCUCUUCUCUUCUGAGUCAAAAAGAACCCGAUAUUGUUACCCUUCAUGAUUCUGUGACUACUAAAAGUCGAGAUGUCAAUGGACCGUUAAUACCCUUCGACAUUAUUGAUCCGCCGUCACAAAGGCUGUAUGUUGCUGCUUUUUAUGUUUUGUUGAAUGCAUGGCGUCUGUAUGAAUACUGGCAGUAUUCAGACGAUCUCGAUGCAACUUGGCUUUUUCUCAAAUGGAUUUCAAUAGACGGUUUCUUCUUGUUUGGCCUGCCGGCCCUGAGGAUACCUUGGUUGGAAUGGGCAUUCUCGGCUUCACUUGCAGUAUUUCUGCUGCAUGUGUUAGCAAAUGUUUUUUUAAUGUUCCAUAUACCGAUUCCCUUCUCUGCAUGGAUGGCUGCAUUCGUCAAGGUUGCCUAUGAUAGAGAACUUUCAAUAUCGGAACGCCGAGUAAAUCCAGCCGAUAUCCUACAUAACUCCUCACUGAUACUUGGAAAGCAAAUCAUUCACAUUCUUCCAGAGGGCUCAGCAAUUCUCAAUCCGGAACAGCAUCCCUUUUGUCUAGAUGAGGCUCGAUCAACAGUGCAUUUGCCCAUCCGAAUAAACCAGACUUUGCCUAUUGCCAUUGAACUCAUACGCUUUGAUCUUGAAACGACCCAAAAUGAAACAAUUGUGGUGUCACAGAAAUUACUGAAAUCAAUGAAAAGGCAGGCGGAACAGUCUCACAAGUUCGAGCUUCUGGGCCAUCGCGAUCUACUCUACCCUGCUAGCAAAACUGGCAUUUAUCAACUGGGGAAGGUUAUAGACGAAUCCAGGCUCGAGGUUCAUCGCCGGCUUCAUGAUACUCCAGUUGUUGUCUGCCCUAAAGCAAUCAUUCAAGAAUCCUCGACGCACAAGUGUAAAGGCGACCUCUCAAAUCUCACAUUGGAAAUUGAAGGCUCGCCACCAUUAAAAAUUAAAUACAGCCGUAUCUUGAAUGAUGUGGACCAUGGUGUUUCGUAUCAAAGUAUUCAGCCGGGAAACUUUGCAUCCAACCCAGCCAGUGAGCUAGAUCCACCACAUACAAAUAUCACCUGGCCGAGAGCUCAAAAGAUUAAAAUUUCCCUGAACGAGUCUCUCGAAGCUGGUGGUCAGUGGACCUAUUUAAUUGAUGAAAUACAUGAUGCUUAUGGCAACAUUAUGAACUACACUGAACUACGGCAUCGUCACGCAGAUUUCACUUCUCAAUCCCAGCGUUUCUUUGUCCAUGAAAGACCUCGCCUUUCAUUUCUAGGGUGCAACUCCCAAACAUCUCUUCAGGCUGCGACAGGUGAAACGAUUGAACUUCCAGUCCAUUUUCAUUCUGUUGGCGGUGGUCAGUUAGCUGACGGACCUUUCACACUUGGCUACUCAUUUUUCGAAACAUUCCCACGCGAUGAUUCACAGGAAUCUCGCGACAUACGUGACUUUAUUCUGGGGAACGUAAGUGAAAAGCCACGGAUUAAAAAUCCAGGAUGGUACAGCAUUAUCAGCAUUUCUAGCCGAUUUUGUUCGGGGGAUAUCUUGGAGCCAUCCUCAUGUUUACUACAUAAUCCUCCGAUGCCUCGUUUAUCUAUUCGAAAAGACUUCAUUUAUGAUAAAUGUGCGAAUAAUGCAGUUGGGCUCUCAGUCGAUUUGGAUUUGAUAGGAACGCCUCCAUUUAAAAUCAGAUACUCAAUUGAACAUUCUAAGGGCUCUCAGACACGAAUCCUGUCUAUUGACAGCUUGAGAGGUCAUCUUGAUUUAACUCCGAGUGAUGCGGGCCACUAUCGAUAUCGCUUCCUUGACAUAUCCGACCACGUGUAUGACACUCGGUCACUAAAAAGUGAGGUGCCCAUUUUAGAACAGAAUGUGAAACCAGUCGCUUCAGCUCAGUUUGUUGGCCCUGUCACUAGCCGGAAGGCGUGUUUCGCAGAGCCCGUUUCCAUCGAUGUAUCGUUUUUAGGACAGCGCCCUUGGGAACUUCAGUAUGAGUUAAUACAUAAUGGAAAACGAUCCAACCAUAAUAUUACAAGCAAUUCCGAGAUUAUGACCUUGACGAUUGAAAAGCUGCUUGAAGGCGGAGAGUACAUAUUAGGUCUUGUAAGUGUUACGGACAAGUCUAAAUGUAAACGAUCUUUGAAGCAGGAAAUCAAAAUUGAAGCCAGGCCCAAGAGACCAAGCGCUGCUUUUGGCAAAGUUGAUGAAAAACGGGCAAUUCUCGCCUUAGAAGAUAAGAUGGUAGAUCUGCCACUACGCUUAGAAGGAGAAGCACCUUGGAGACUUAAAUAUCGGAAUAUUCUUAAUACACAGACUGUGCCUGUUGAAAAGGUUCUCUGGGAUGAAAAUAGCCAAAUACAGGUGGACCAGGCCGGGAAAUAUGAACUACUAGAUGUUAGUGACGCCACCUGUCCUGGAACAGUUGACCCCAUCGCCAGGGUAUUCAACGUAUCUUGGAUUGCCCGACCUUCUAUUACAGCGGUAGAUGGGCAUCCAUUGGAUGGAAAGACUUUGCUUGAAAAGACCGAAGUGUGUGAAGGAGAUGAAGAUACGAUGCACAUAAAACUCCGCGGGAACCCCCCCUACGCUGUGAGAUAUGAACAGCAAUACGAGGCAAAUUCCGGUGGUAUUUCUUCUAGCAUUAAAACAUUGGUGGCGGCAUUUCACUCCAUAUCAAUCCGGAUGGAAUCGUCAAAAGCCGGGAAAUAUUCAUAUAAAUUUAUAAACAUAGGCGACAACUUGUAUAUGAGGGAACCCCGUGACGUUACCCCGCUCACAGUUAGGCAGCUAGUGAAUCCUCGUCCUUCUGCCCAGUUCCAGUCGCAAGAUCGCAACUAUGGGUUUUGCAAGGAGGAAGGAGACGGUCACGAGACCAUUCCAAUUGUUCUGGAGGGCGUUCCGCCGUUCACUCUUGAAAUUGGUAUCAAGCACCAUUCCAACUUGAGGCCAGAUAUCAUGUCAAUACCUAAUAUCAAUACCAGGCAAUUCAACUUGCCCGUUCCCCGUCGAUACCUUGAUUUGGGUCAACAUGUUGUUUCAAUUCGAAAAGUACGGGAUGCCCGAGGCUGUUUGCAGACCACUGGAUACGGAGGUUCUUCUGUGAGAGUUACUAUAUCUGAUGUUCCUACGAUAAUUCCACUGGAAUCGAAGACUGAUUAUUGUGUUGGGGAACGGAUCUCUUUUUCAUUGUCGGGAUAUGCUCCCUUUGACGUCUAUUAUACUUUCGAUGGGAUGCAGAGAAGAGCACAUACUCAGACGACAAGCUUUCGUCGAAUCGCUGAAAAACCUGGUGAAUUUAUUGUUACUGCUAUUAGUGAUGGUGCUAGUGGCAAAUGUAAAUCUCGUAAGAAUAUUAAAAAAAACAUUCACGAGAUGCCAAGCGUCAAAAUUAGCCGCGGGGAAGUUUCCGUUGUUGAUAUCCACGAAGGAGGAGAAGCUGAGAUAUUAUUUGAAUUCUGGGGCACUCCUCCUUUUGAAUUUACGUACACUCGCAGUUCAAAUACUGCAAAGGGGACCAAACCACAAAUCCUCGAUACGAAGCAUGAUAUAUCAUACGAAUAUACUAAAACCAUUCGUGCAUCUGACGAAGGCACAUAUGAAGUAGUUUCCAUUAAAGACAAGUACUGUUCAUUUUCUACCCUAACCGACAGAACUAAGAGGGGAUAG